AUAAACAAAAAUCCUAUGCAGGCGAAACAACAACAACGAAGUAGUAGAAAUAGAAAGAAAAAGGGGAAUAGAAUUCUUGUACUGAGUUGUGAACACCAAGAGAAUAUACAAAUAAAUGAAAACAAUGUGAAAAGUGUAAAUUAUUAAUGCAUUUUGUACAUAAAAACGGCGACAUUUGGACGGUUGAUUAGGCUGCACAGAAAAUGAGCGCCAAUGCGCUGGGCGGGGACGAAAAUCAGACGGCAUUGUCGAUUACGACGACAACUGUACCACCCGGUCAAGAAUUCAUUGAUGAGUUCGAGGAGUUAUUGGAAUGCAAUGAAACUCAAAUCCGAAUCGGUGAAAGAGUGACUCUUGCCAUAGCGAGCAAUGGCAAAAGCGUUGGCGGCGGAAAAAAUGUCAACGAGCGCAAACCAAAUGGCCAUGUAUCCACAAAUUGCGAAGAAAAAUCUCGCUCCGAGUUGGAUUCCGAGGUGAGUGAGUUACUGGGUUCUGUGAUAAUGCAUAAUUGUACGGGAACUCGUGCUAGUGCACGGGUCAUACAAAAAAUGAAACAAGACCAGACGCGACCAUUAACACCACCAAAUGAACGCGAUCCACAGCGACGUGACGAGAAGUCAAUGCAAAAAACUCCAUCGCAAUUACGCAGCAUUAAGCCGACAUGGACUAAUUUAGAACGCAAUCACUUUUUUGAUGCGCUUAAUGAGUUUGGCAAGGAUUUUGAUGCACUCGGCAAUUAUAUAAACACAAAGUUGAAACGCAGAAGCACAGCAGACAGUGCAUUCAAGACGAAAGAACAAGUGCGACAGCACUAUUAUCAGACGUAUCAUAAAAUCUGUAAAUAUAUAAAAUUCUCUGACGAAGUUAAGAAACCGGCACAGGAGUUAUAUGCGCUUAUCAAUUAUGGCGAAAUGCGACGGAAACUUCAAUUUGUAACCGAUAAACACUUCAUGAAGUUGCGAAAUCUUGUCUACCAUGGUCACAUAACUGUGCGUUGCAAAGGCAAAAACCUGCGUAUUAAGACACCAUCAUGCAAGGCGUUAAGGAGACUAAACCAACUUGAUGAUUCACUUGAGGACAUACGAUUGCCAUCGAAAAUCGAAGUAAUCGUUAGUCCUGCCACUAUGGAAGCCUUCGGACGUGUUCAAACCGUUGCACAAAAUCCACGUGUCCGCACUACGGUGCCACUGCACAAGAAACUGGUGAAUUUUAUCAAAACGUUUCAAAUGAAAUGGCGUAGUGCCGAACAGAAAAUGGCGGAAGAAGAAAUGAAAUUGUUUCCUUCGUAUUGUGCGCCCACACCCACUCAACAUUCAAGCGAUUGUAACGGACCGCAGUCUGCCGAAAAUUCUGAGCGUCUGCCAGCCUUUCAAGAUCCUGAAAUGUGUUUUUUACCCAAACCCGGUGUGCCUAUACAUCGUCCAUUGUUGAGCAUUACAGAGUACCUUGGUAGUGGGAAUAUCUGUUUGGCCGCCUACGAAGAACGUAUGGGCGUAAAAGUGCGUGGUGAAACGUUAUCACAAGAUCGUGCCGCCAAUAAGCGACCACGCACCGACAGUGGUUCGGAGAAACGUUCGCCUGAUUCAAAGAAAAAUAAACUUUUCAACAGUCCACCAUAUGAAAAAUUAGACAGUGACGGCCCAGUUGGUGAUAAUGUGUUCAAAGAGGAACUUGGCGUGAUGUACGAACAAGACAUAUUACCUGGAAAAUGUGAAAGCAGUAGCGAUGAGUUAAGCGAUGAACUGCAAGAGUUGUUGAAUGCCGAUUUGGAUAGUAGUAUAGUGAUAAAAGAAGGUGCUGAGAACUCGCAAGAGGAAAUAAAAAUGUCAUUAAACGCAAGUGAUAUGACAACAACAAUAACAACUAAUGCAAGUUCAACAACAUUCAAUCAAAACCCAAACACUGCCAAUAAUCAAGCGCGUAUGCGACGAGCUGUCAACGCGCGUGCUGGACGUGCCAGCGCAUCCAAUUUUAAGCCAUUAAUCAGUGAGGCAGUGAUACGGCGCAUACGAAAAGGCUGGACUAUAUCCACGGCUGCGGAUAUAACCAUCGGCGAUCUUUAUGUUGUGCUCGGACAAGAUUCGAAACUCGAAUUAGACUACUAUUGGACUGAUAGACAACAACAACCAAGCGUGAAUACCGUUAACACCAGCAAUGCUUUGGUUAAUGUAAACAAUAUGCAUGUAAAUAGUGGCUGCAGUUUGACCUUCGGUGGCGCUGCUUUGGAAUCUAUGACGCAAUCAGAUACAAAAGUGUUUAUGCAAAAGCAAAAUGGUAUGCCAUAUAAUCCCAGUGAAUGUGAUGACCCGGAGUUGUUGAAAUCGCUCUCAACCGCUGGCGUUGCAAAUAAGCUUAAGCAUCUGCUCUUGAUUGCCAAUCUGAGCGAGCGCAUGCGCAAGAGACAGUGUUCCUGCGGACACACAUGUGAGCGUAAUGUAGCCAAAUCAAGAAUGGAGCGCAAUUUGGCUACAAAGACUUACGUGUCGACAAAAACAUUUUCGACCAACAUCAACAAUGAGAGCAAUAAUGUUUUUCGUCAACCUGUUGCACCUAUACGACGGCCACUUUUUAAUAUGGACAGUGUCAAACAACUUAAUCCGUUGUCACGUCAAAAGCAAUCAAUGCGUCAAGUGUUGGUGCAACGUAUGAUAUUGCCCGGUGGCAGCACCGCCAAUCAAUCAUAUGAUGUGUUGAAAGUUAAAAAUAUGGAAAACACACUUGAAAACUCUGCUACCAAUACAGUGGAACAAAGUACAUGCGCAGAAUCUCUUACGUCUUCUGAAUCAGUUAACUUGUCUGCAGCUAAGACAAUGACGGAAGUGUCAACCAUAGUGCCGCUACAUCACAAUCCACCAGCGAGUAGCAAUUCCUCACCCUUUAUUUCAAUUACAAAUAUUAAUUAUGGCGAUAGCGACGCAGCUGCUGGUUUAGAGGAGGUGGACAAUAAUCCUUCAACUUCUGGAGCUUAUAAAAUGACAGCUAACAACACUGAUCUUGUUGCUCGAUUUUUUCAAUCCUCUGCUGUUGAUAACGCUGAUAUAUCGCUCUCUUCGUCAUUUCCCGAUAGCGCCUUCGAUGAGUCUACAAGUACCAGCUCGCUCAACGGUAUGACCCCCACACAUUUACUGCGUGAGUCCACGUCGAAUUCGCGUUGGCUUGAAGAGAACAUCAAUGAUUUCUCCCUAACCAGUCUGCUGGGCCAUUUGGAUGAGAUCAAUGCAACUCGUGAUAUUUUGGAUCCCUCGUCGAAUUUGUCGGUGAUAAGCGAGAGCAGCGUCGAUUAUAUGCAUAAAUUUCAAGAGAUUACUGCCUUAAUGCAAAGCCAGGACAAGGAUUAAAGCCCAUAUAUAAAAGUUGUAUACUUUCUUACGCUGAAUUUAAGAUCUGCUAAUGGCUGGCUGUUGUGCCACGCCGAACUAUAUACAUACAUAGAUAUUAGUUAGAUAUAGUAUCAACACCAAUAGUCUGUAAGUGAAAAAUGUUCGACCUUUUAGACUUCCACGCCCAUUAUUUUUCAUUUCUCCCCUCAAAAGUAUGAGUCGUGAGGUCGCUGCAUCUGCAUCCACAUUUUUUGCACGUAUUUAUAUACAUAUACAUAUUUAUAUACAAAGGAUAGGAAAUAUGUAUUCAUUUAUCGCUCACAAUUAUUUACUUUAAGUGAAAUAGUUUUAAUAACAUUAAUUUGUGCUUUAAUUUAUAUACUCAAAACGAUUUUAUUUUUAUGAUCAUCACACCAUAUAAUAUAUGCUUCGUUUUUUUCUUCCUUCCUCCCUUUACAUUCGUUCUAUAUGUAUACAUAUUGUAUAUCUAUAUGGUUUACUGUAUAUAUAUAUCCGUAGUUUUUAAGCUGACGUUGUGAUUUACGCUAAAACUACACUCAUGAAUUGCUGCAAAUCACAGACAUUUAGUUGAAGCGCUUCCUGAAAUGAUGAAAUUUGAUCUUUUUCACAAUUCUCACAAACAUUAUUUUCCAAGAUUCUUCUUAAGUUGUCCCUUUUUGGUUAUAUCUCUUUUCGGGUGUAGUAGUUUAUACAUUUAUCUCGUGUAUUUGAACAUUCUCAUGUUUCGCACUCACACACACACUCUAAGAAACAUUCAUGUAACGAGUUAGUUGAAGUUGGCUUCCACUUUGUAAUGUGAUGUAAGAUGGGAUGACGACACGCAGUACAUCAGAUUACAAUUAAUUAAUUAUUAACUAAGUUUAAAGCAUAAGAAUAUUGUUACUUGUUUGCCAUUACCCUUGUUUGGUUUGUGGAUACCAUUCUUUUGAUACGAUCCUACUUUAUAAGUGUAAUAUAUGUAUGUACGCAUUGAAGUUUGUAUUAUUCGAGAACGUAUUAUUGAAGUCUGUAUAAAUCAUUUAUUCAUCGUUCUUUAUUUAGCUAAGUUAGCCUUUAGUCUUUAGGUAAACAACAAGCAUCCUAACAAAGCAAUAGUUUAAGCUGAAGCAUACAAAUAAGCACCUGCUUGUGACAGGUGUACAAGCACGUUAACCAACAAAACUCAAAUAUAUAUAAAAUGAAAACAAAAAAUAUUUUUAAUAUCCCCUGAAAGUGAAUUGUUUUAAUUAAGAAAAUUUUUUGAGGUUAGCAACAUUUUCUUAUGCGUUUUUUAAUAACUCAAAGGUAAUUUCUCAAAUAGUUUGCAUGAAAUGUAAUACCUAGAUGGAAACGUCAGAGACCAUAUGAAGUAGAACGUCGCCUGAAAUGCAAAAUAACGUAACAACAUUUUCGGAAAUUUACAGUGGCAUGAAUGAAACACGAAAUAAAAUGGAGCAUGAGUGAAAAAAAUUUUAAUAUU